AUAUUUACUGGUUUUUUUAUUAAUACUUUUUUAAAGAGGGAUGAAACUCACUUCCUUAUUACUUCUGUCUCUUACGCUUAUAACUAAAUACACAAAAUCUAAUGAAUUCCGUGAUUUAAAUAAUGCGGCAAAAGAUCCAAACUCUAAUUAUAAUCCUUCACAUGUAGAAAUUAUUGAGAAAGAUUUUGAAAAAUCCACUUUAGAUGACUCUGAAUAUAGAGUUGUCAAACUUCAGAAUGGUAUAGAAGUAGCAUUAGUUAGCGAUCCCUCUGUACGUCUAGCAGCCACAUCAGUAGCUGUUCGUGUAGGAAGUAAAGACGAUCCUAAAGGUUUUCCGGGAUUGGCACAUUUAUGUGAAUAUUUGCUUUUUAUGGGAACAGAAAAAUAUCCCUUGGAAAACGAAUAUACUUCUUUUGUUUUAAAUCAUGGUGGUUCUUUUGAUUCAUAUAGAGGUUUAGAACGCACAGUCUUUAUUAGUGAAAUUAAUCCGAAAUACCAUUAUGAACAACUUGAUAGAAUGGCUAAUUUUUUUAUUAAACCCUUAUUCAGAGAGGAUUUAAUAGAACGUGAAACACAUUUUAUUAACUCAGAAUUUGAGGAAUAUCGUUCCAGUUUUUCUAAGGCUAGAUUUCAUUUUUUAAACUACAUCUUAAAAGAUACUGGUUUAUUUCCGGAGUUUACUACAGGCAAUCGUCAAACAUUAUUUUCUGAACCUAGAGCUAAAAAUAUGAGCGUUAAAAAGGCUCUUGAAGAUUUUUUUGAUAAUUAUUAUCAUUCUCGUGAUAUUAAGGUAGCCGUAUGUGGGAAUGAAUCACUUGAUACUCUUCAAGAAUUGGUACAAAAGACAUUUGGUCAGAUUCCAGAUAAAAAAGAAAGAGCUAUAGAUGAUGUCAACCCAUUUAGUUCUAUAACUAAAUAUCAUUAUUGGUAUAAUUUUUCUGGUGCACCUUAUACGGCAGAUAUUGCUUUUAUUGUUCCGAGCUCAAGGGUUCAUUACAAAUCAGUCCCUUUUCAUUAUUUGAAUUAUAUUUUUUCUUACUCAGGGCCUGACUCUCCUAUUGAUUAUUUUUCAAAGAAAUCCUUGGCUUCGAGAAUUAGGUUUUCAAAUAUAGAAUAUUCUUCGAAGUAUGACCUUCUCUUUGUCUCUUUAAAACCCUUAUACGUUGGACGACUGUUUUACGAAGAACUGAUCUUAGAGUUUUUCAAAUGUAUACAAUUCUUCAAAGAAAAUGGGCCAAAUAAAGCAGUUUUUGAAGACAUAAUGAAAGCUCAAAACACUAAUUUCAAGUAUUCUUUUAAAGAGUCGGUAUCUCAACUUGUUGAUAAACUAUCCACAAGCUUGUUAGCCGAUUCUUUUCCUCGUAAAUAUUUAUUAAAACAAGAUAUUAUAAAAGAAUAUAAUAAAGAGGAAUUUGAUGAGUUUUUUUCUGCAUUGAACUAUGAAAAUUUUAUCUCUUUUUCAAAUACUAUAAGAAAAGGAUAUAAUGAGACAGAUCCCUAUUAUAACAUCACUUAUUUAAAACAAUCUCAUAAAAAAAGAUUCAUAGAGAAACUUAAAAAUAUUUCAUCACCUAACCUAAAAUAUCCUCCUAAGAAUAUUUAUCUUGACGAAUCAGAUAUUACUAUGGAAAAAUUAAAUGAAACUCUAACUAAACCGGAUCUUUUAAAAGAUACAUAUGUUUCCACUCUCUGGCAUAAGCAUGCUAGUUUUUUUUACUGUCCAUAUGGGGUUAUACGCAUUUUAUUAAAAAAUCCAUUUGUCAGUUCGACUCCAUCAAAUAUGCUUAAAAUAAGAUUUCUGCAAAUUUACAUAUAUAGCUCUCUUCCAUUUGACUUUUUAUUACUUUCCACUGCUAACGUAAAUUUUUAUAUUACACCUACAUUGCAUGGACUUAUAAUAAUGUUUUAUGGGUAUACUAAUAAAAUGAUGGAAUUAGUUACUCGCGUCAUAAAUACUUUAAAGGAAACAAGUCUUGAUCAUCGACUGUUUAACCCUUUAAGAUCGACUCUUAUUUAUAGUUAUAUACAGAGGAUUUCAGCGGAACCUUCAACAUUUUUGGAAAUUGACAUAGAUGACAUUCUUUUUUCAGAAAGACAACCUUUCAAAAACAUGUUGUUUGUAUUAGAUCAAUUUCAACAUUCUGAUGUUAAUGCUUUUUUUUAUAAUUUAUUAAACAAUUUCCAUUUUGAUGUUUUAAUAACAGGAAAUAUUCCUAAAGAAGAUGCAUUGCACAUUCAUAAUAUGUUAGAAACAACCUUUUCCCCACAUCCUUUAACAUCUUCUCAACGCCAUUAUAUUAAUACACGUGCAAUAACUCUAGAAGAUGGUUCUGAUUAUUUCCGCGUUCACGAACUGUCUAAAAGUGGUCCAAAAUCUGCACUAUUUAUGUAUUUUGAAGCAGCUGAAAUGGAAGACUCAAGAAGGGUGAUGUUAUUUCUUAUAUUAUACCUCAUCUUGCGUGAGCCUAUCUAUCAUGAAUUAAAAACAAAAGAGCAAUUGGGUCAUAUUAUAAAAAGUGAUAUAAAAGUUUCGAGGAACAUUCUAGGGUACUAUAUUCUAGUUCAAAGUGAAAGACAGCCACAUGUCUUGCACUCUCGAAUUGAUGCAUUUUUAAAUAGAAUGCUUGAUAGAAUCCUUAAUCUUACAUCUAAAGAAUUGAAUUACCAUUUAGAAAGUCUUCAAUACUUUUUAAAAAAGGAUCCUUCAAAUAUUCUAUCUGAAAAUCUUAAUGUCUGGUCUAGCGUAGUUAAUGCUCCUUAUACUUCUAAUUCAGAUUUUGAACCUCAAAAGGCUGAUCCUAUAGAACCCCAUGAGCUUGUAAACCUAUUUAAAGAGGUCUUUUAUUCUAAAAGGAAAAGAUUUUCAUAUACUGUCACUUCUACUGUUACUUCUGAUAUUUAUAAUCUUUAUGAUCUACCACUUGAUAAGCUUUCCGAAUAUUUAAGUAGUAAAGGAGAAAACGUUUCAAAAGAGGAGCUCUAUAAUUAUGUAUUACUUUCACAUGAUUUUCCGAGUUUUCGAAUUAAAUUAUCUGAACAUUUAAGUAAGAAUAGGAAUCAGAGUGAUGUAAAAUCCAUACUUGAUGAGACAAUUAAAUAUCUCAAAAGAUUAUAUUUACUUGAAAAAUAUCGAAUACUUAAGCCUUUGAGUUUAGUCGACAAUAUAGCGUAUUUUAAAGCUAGUCUGGAAUUAUCACCAGCUUUUGUUUACAAUUCAUUAUCGAGUGAAUAUCAUAAGUAAAAGUGACUUUUAGAAUUAUCAAGUAGAUAUAUAUUUUGUUCUUUUUCUUUUAUUUUUUUGUAUU